AUGGCGAGCCCGCAUCGCGGUAAUGAAACAGAUAAAACCCAUCCGCUCAUCGAAGCCGCCAAAGCAAACGAUUUUGAGAAGGUCAAGGAGCUGCUGGAUCAGGCAGAGGAUGUGAAUGUGAAAGAUGAAGCGUACUAUGGACAAACCGCCAUAUCGUGGGCUGCCGAACUGGGUCUUUUGGAAGUCUUCAAGCUUUUAUAUGAACAUGGCGCCCGUUUGGACAUUCUGGACGUCGACGGCAACAGCCCAGUCUUCUGGGCUAUGAACAAGGAAUACGUCAACGUGAUUGAGUAUCUCCUCGCCAACAUCAAAGAGGAAGACAUCUCACACAAGUACUGCGCCGGCAGGAGCAUGCUGUUUGUGGCUACCGAGUAUGGCUCGGCAGAGGAUGUCAAACGUUUCGUUUCUUCGGACUCUAACGUGCGCGACGACGAUGGGCUGACGCCGCUCAUGUUUGCGGCUCUGUAUUCUCGCAAUGCAGUUUCCAAUGCCGCUGCAUUGCUCGAGGCCGGUGCGAACCCUCUUUUGGAGGAUGAUGAAGGCCGCACUGCGAUAUACUAUGCUUGCCAACGGGGGAAAGCCGAAUUGGCCAAAUUGUUGCUCGACAGGGUCGACGGCAGCUUUGAUGUCGACGGCAGAGGACCCGAGGCAAGACCUCUUAUCGAAGCUGCUAAACAGGGCGAUGUCACGAUGAUCCAGCUCCUGCUCGAACGGGGCCCUCAACUUGAAUUUCCCGAUGAACAAGGCAAAACACCACUGUAUUGGGCUGCAAAGAACGGCCAUAUCGAAAAUAUAUGUGCCCUCAUAGACGCUGGCGCCGACCCUUACAGACUAUGUCGCCCACCAGUUCCUAACGGAGACUGGAACCUGACUGCCUUUGCUAUUGCAGCAACCAACUGUGAAGAAAAGUGGCACGACUUUAUUCACCAAGACCUCAAGCCGGACCUCACAAUCCGGAAUGACGAACGUGGCGCAACGGCUUUCCACCUCGCUGCAUAUUUCGGCGUUGAACCCGCAGCUCUGCAGCGGAUGAUUGCCGCCGGUUGUUUAGUCGACACCCCAGAUAUGGAUGGCAGGACGCCGCUUCUCUUGGCCUCGGAGCGUGGCCAUAGUUCAAUCGUUGCUAUUCUUCUUGAACAUGGCGCAGAUACCGAAGUGACGGACAGCAGGUUCAACAUGACGGCACUCAUGUUGGCCGCAGCGAAUGGGCGUGAUCAGGUCGUGGAACAGCUUAUCCCGGUUAGCAAAGUUGAUGCCCGAGAUGGCGAGAUGGCCACGGCUCUGCAUUUCGCAGCCCGUAGUUGUUCUGCCAGCACUGUGGAGGCCCUGAUCAAGGCCGGCCCAUCUCUGAUCGACGCUCCCAACAGCUACGGCGGGUCGCCUCUUUUUUGGGCCGCUAAUCAUGAUCGCCCAGAAGCCGUCCGGGCUUUGAUCAGAGCUGGGGCAGAUAUCUACAUGGUCGAUGUCAAUGGAAGGCCAGCGAUAUCAUUCUGUAUUCACAACUUGAAUAUGAUCAAAGCCUUUGUCGAUGAGGAGAGAGAGCAACCUGCGCCUGGGAAUAAGGAAACGCCCCGUGUGCGUGCGAUAGAACUAGCUCUGCGGUAUGCGUGUGACGAAGAGGAAUAUUCUGGUUCUAGAUCUCCAAUCUUCCCUCUGGACAGCACAGACGACGAGGUGUAUCUCAAGGCCGUGGACGGGAACGGCAGGAACUUGGUGUCGUGGGUAGCCCAGUACGGACACUCUUUGGAGAUGGAAAAGCUGUGUAAGAAGCCGAAUCUCGACUUCAGAACGGCAGAUGACCAAGGUCGUACCCCUUUGCACUGGGUGGCCCAAAACAAAAUCACCAGUGCCACCGAAACGGUAAUGAUGGUCAGAAGUCUUCUCGACCUCGGGGUUUCUCGUGACUCUCGGGACAAAGCCGGUCGGACACCACUUUCUUAUGCAGCAGAAACCGGUCUCUUGGAGGUCAUGCAGCUUUUGGUAAGAAAGGGCGCAGAGGAGGACAGCCAAGAAAACAAUAAGAGAACGGUGCUUUCUUGGGCUGCCGCAGGGGGGCACGAAGACUGCGUCCGAUAUCUUCUGAGUGUCAAGAGUGUAAGGCCAGACAGCAAAGACGUCGACGGCAGAACUCCACUCUCCUGGGCCGCUGGAAUGGGCCGCUUGGAAGUUGUCAAAAUGCUGCUUGCUCGGCGUGAUUGGAAGGGCCCGGGUGAGGAUAGUCAUAAUGGUCGGAGCAAGAAGGGUGCUUCGGCGACAAAUGAGGCGGCUGUGGAUAUCAACUCGCGUGACAACAAGUCACAAACACCACUCUGGUAUGCGGCUGACAAUCAACAUCUGCCUGUAUUCGAGACGCUGCUCUUGUAUGGGGCAAAAUCAGACAUCAAGGACAACAAGGGGAGGCUUCUCAAAGACUACCUCGACGAGAGGAUACAGAAAGAUUCGGUAUCGGAAACAAGAACUCUGAGGACCAUGUUUGGCAAGCUGAAUCCAUCCGGAUUUCUCUGGCGUGAACCAUCAACUAUGACUACUCGGGUUGACAGCGAGUUCAGCGCAACCCUUCUGUAUUACUCGAAAGAUAAUCUCGAGAUACACACCCCGACAGUCGCGUCAAUCCUGCAGGGGAAGCGCCCACCUUCCAGAGAAGACAUGGCGUGUGUUUGGACACAUCUUCCUGCCAACAACAUGCGAUGGGUUGAGGUGCUCAUGGCGAAACAUUAUGAGGCUUUGGGAGAGGGCUGGCGAGCCAAUGUUGUUUUGAAACCAAGGUUGUGGGAGCAGCAUCAACACAAGUCACAAGAUGGGCAGUACCACGCAAGGUUCAUGCGUCCGGCGUGUCGUCCGUUCGCCUUUCCCGAAGAAGAUCCAACUGAACAAGGCUUGGUCCUUUUUAUGCCGUAUUUACAUUGGGAGCAGGAAGAAGAACAGCGAAAGCUCAAAGACGUCCUGGUAAAAAAGUCCGAAGCCAAGAAGAAGAUAUUUCCGACCGAGGAUGCCGCCAAAGAGUAUCGCCGUAACCCCGUCCGAACAGCACUUGAUGAUAGGAGUCUCUGCGGAACCGAAAAGCUGUAUUGGGCCUACCUCGACGAAGAGCACCCGCUGCAUGGUCGACGUACGCUCGACCAAUUCUACUACCACACGCUCGCGGACACGGAGAAACGUGACCAGGACCAGACCUCCUUGAGGUACUUUAAUGAAAGACGACAGACCCUACACUCGAAAGAGUCAGAGGAUUUGAAACCCACAAUUACCAUGGUAGACCAGCUAUGGAUGUGGGUGCUGCCAAAGUGCGGGAAAUCGCCGAGAACCAUCAUCACUGCCUUUCCACAACGAUCCAACAGGAUGACGACAAAAACCUCGAAGAUUAUGACAUCACUGGUAUCUAAUAUUUUUGAUCGAUUUCGCGAGCAGUCAGCGAAAGGUGAUGCAUCGGUUGACGAACUGGCAAAAAUCAUAGUCGCAGAGUGUGCUCGGAUAUACUUUGAUCCUAUGAGUAACCGGAAUGAGUUGGUUCAGUUUGUCGAGAUAUAUCGGACAUCAAUUGGUGAAAUUGUGAGCCUCCCUCUUUUAAACUGUCCCCGGCAUUAA